AUGAUUAAGGUGGUACCGGACAACGAGUUGAAUAAUCGAGCUCACUAUCUACCUCAUCGUUACGUCAUAAAGUCUGGGAGUAUUACUCCACUGAGGCCGGUGUUUGAUGCUUCUGCGAGCGAGAAGGGUUUUCCUUCUCUAAAUCAGUGUCUUGAAAAAGGGCCAAAUCUUAUAGAGUUAAUUCCUGAAAUUUUAUUAAAAUUUCGAGAAGACAAUAUAGCGGUAAUUGCAGAUAUUCGCAAGGCCUUUCUUCAAAUUGAAAUUAAUCCGAAAGAUCGUGACUAUUUAAGAUUUUUAUGGUUCGUGAAAGGAAAAAUUAAAGCCUUACGUCACCGACGCGUUUCCUUCGGUCUCACUAGUAGUCCAUUUUUAUUAGGUGCAGUUUUAGAAUAUCGCAUUUCUCGGAUAAAAGAGGUACCUAAAUAUAUUACUGAAAAGUUAUCGAAAUCCUUUUAUGUGAAUAAUUGCGUCACCAGUGUUAAAUCACCAGUAGAGUUGGAGACCUUUGUUGAACUGGCAACAUCGAUAAUGAAAAAAGGCGGUUUCGAAUUACAAGGGUGGGAGUAUACCCAUGAUAACUCAGAGAAAGAAGAAACUCGGGUCCUCGGGAUUUUGUUUAAUAAAGCCCGCGAUACGAUAUCAAUUAAAACUGUGUUGGUUAAAGAGAUUAGUGACGAGAUAACAAAACGUAAGAUUCUUUCGACUGCACAUAAGAUAUUUGAUCCAAUCGGGUUCACAGCACCGGUUGUGAUAAUUCCGAGAUUAAUAUUGAAAAGAUUGUGUAAAUCGGGACACGAUUGGGAUUCACCAACAGAUGAGAAAUCACAUAAGGAAUUAUUUACGUGGUAUAAUCAGCUACAUUACUUGAAUAGAAUAGAAUUACCGAGAAGUUUCGGUGAAGGCGUUUUUUCUCUACACACCUUUUGUGAUGCGAGCCAAUCAGCAUACGCUGCGGUAACAUUUUUACGUGUAGAGAACGAGAACGAAGUAAAAUUGCAUUUUUUGGCGGCGAAAGCGCGAAUCGCACCUGAUAAUUCGACUAUACCGCGUCUUGAACUUUUAGCCGCUUGCAUAGGUAACCGACGAACUGAAGAUGUUCUACAGGCCAUUAGUUGUAAAGAUAUACCCGUUUUUUGUUGGUCCGAUUCGACUACUGUAUUAACAUGGAUAAAUCGUGAUAGUCAAUGGGGCUCGUGGACUUGGCAAUAUGUACCUGGUCCUCAAAAUCCAGUCGAUCUACCAUCGCGCGGCUGCCAAGCAAAACAAUUGUACGAUUCGCGCUGGUGGGAGGGACCGGAUUGGUUGUACGGGAGUCGGAACACCUGGCCGUGUGCGAAAGGUGUCGUUGACGAAAGUGAGAUAAAUAGCGAGCUCAAGAAGUCAGCUAAGCUCACGAUGCUUAAUGUGAAAUGUGUAGAUGUGAACUUGAAGGAUAUAAGAACUAAAUAUUUGACUUACAAAAAGAUUCAUGAAACAAAAAUAAAAUUAUUAAAAUGUUUGCAACACGAUAUGUUUUUACUGAAAAACGAUCCGAAGUUGUCAGCGAUUAAAGUGUUCAAGCAUACGGAUGGGUUAUUACGAUUAAAAACGAAAAUAAUACAGCGAAAUGAUAAUUUCUCCUUUUUGUGUCCAAUAUUAUUAGAUAGUAGACAUAAAGUUGUGGAACUGCUAGUUCGCGAAACACAUGAAAGUAUGAAUCAUGCUGGUGUACAGACUGUGAUGUGUCAAUUGAGAGAAAAAUAUUGGAUAUUACGUAUGAGAAAAACUGUGCGAGAAAUAAUCUCAAAAUGCGUUAUUUGCAAAAGACAGGGUGCUAAGCCAAUGAGAAAGGCCUGGAUCUGUUUAUUUACUUGCGCGGUCUAUCGAGCCGUACAUUUAGAACUCGUAACCGCUAUGUCGACGGCGGCAUUUCUAGAUGCGUUAGAUAAGUUUAUUACUCGCCGCGGUCGACUAUCGGUCAUUUAUAGUGACUGUUUGGGAUUUCUAAUGCCUAAUCGGAACUCGCGACAGUUGUCGCUCCAUGCAGACUCGCCAUAA